UCAUCUAACGGUGUGACAGAAAGAAGGUCCAGAGGUAGGAUUCACGAUCUAUCAUUCCUGCAGGCCUGCGUACAGGUAUAACCUUUCUUAUAACACUCUUUGAUGGAAAUGGGGAAAGUGAAAUUUGCUUUUCUUCUAAUAAUGCUGCAUUUAUGUCAUGUUAGUGCAGAAUAUAAUACGGAUCAUGCUUUAAAACAUGGGAGAGCGAAACACGAUAUCACUGAUACAAUCAUGACGUUAGAAGACCAUGUACUGGCAGAUAUUGAGCGACGACUGAGUUCACUGGAAUCGGAUAACCGUCGUUUCACGAUUAAAAAUCAGCAAAUCCACAAGACAAACAUAGACCUGAAACAAGAAAUACAACAAGGUAAGGCAGAGAACCAGAAACUUCGGAAAGGCGUUCGACGACUCGAGAUCGAAAACCGCCAUUGUAUGCAAGUGGUUAAAAAUAUCCAGGAAACGAUGCGACUGCUAGUAGAAGAAAACCAAAAGUUGACAAAAUCAAAUGAGAUGGCAGAUCGACACGACCCUGUGGCUAGUCAAGAUAUUAAUGGAAACUUUGUGAAAUCCAAAGAUGUUACAUGGACUGCUCCUACUGAAGCACAUGACUUCUCAUACAGUGUUCCAUAUAGCGUUCUUAAAUCUGCGAGCAGUGCUUUUCAACAAGCUGAAAGGAGUGACAGUAACGGAAAACAAUACACCCCUGACGAAUUGAAUAAAAACCUGGUCACGGAUGUCAUUGAUAGUUUUGUGAAGGAUCGACCUAGCAUGCCAGUCCAAAGAAGCAAUAAUGGGAGUAUUGCUACUGCAUCUACUCAGUCACGUACUGUCCAGAGUAAAAGUCCUAAGAACGCACGUGCUGCUGGUCCCUCAGCUGCUGUCGCCUUCCACGCAAGGUUAUCAUCAGACCUUACCAGCCCUGGGGAUGACCAGACGAUCAUCAUGUCGGACGUUCUCACCAACGAAGGUUCGGCAUACGAAAGGUUAUCCGGGCAUUUCACGAGUCCCGUAUCCGGUGUGUACGUUUUUUUUGUCACAACAUUGGCUUUUCCUAAUAAACACAUAGAAACAAUGCUUCUUAAAAACGGACAUAGCAUUGGUAUGCUUAUUAGUGGCAACUCCGAUACUUGGGGUCCAAGUUCCAAUAUGGUAAUUGUCACCGCCCAAAAAGGAGAUCACGUCUGGGUUAAAGUAAAUGGUCACUACCAUGACACUGGAACAGUCUUACAUCAAGGUUUUACAACCUUUUCUGGUUUUCUCCUUCACUGAAAUUAAAGAAAGAAUUGUAAUAUUGACAUAUGAGUUUUGUUAUUUAUUACAAAAGUACAAUGUAUAAAAAAGAUAUCUGGCCAACGAUCGAUUC